GAAGGAAAAUACCACAAGAUAGACUUUCUGAAGUAUUAUUUUCUUUGUCUGAAAAAUCGAAGCCUGUUCUGAAGGUAAUUAGCUAAAUAAGCUCGCUAAGUAUUCAGGUCACGCUCACAAAUCAGUGAAAAUGUUUUCUUUUUAUCACCUCUCUCAGUGUGUGAAUAAAGUACACAGAAAAUAAUGUGCUGACAAAGAUAGUGCUGAUAUUCUGAUGUUAAGCAUUACAACAUUGAGGUUUUGCAGACCACAUGAGCACUAACCACUUAACGUUAAGCUGCCUGCCAUUUUGGACAUGUGACAAACAUGAUGACCAUAUAGGGUCAAAUGAAUACAGUCACACAGGCCUUCUAAUUCUAUUGAAUUUUGGGGUUCUCUUAAAUCAUCUACUCCUGUUAAAGCGUAUUUUAUCAUUGUUUCUGCAAUACGAAUAUGUUACCCUAAAUACACAAAAUUAUUGGUAUUCAAUCUACUCAUACAUUCGUGCAAUACCGCCUUGAAAUUCUUAGUAAAGCAUUAGAUUUUUCUGUGAAAAGGAUAUUUGUGGUCCACACACCACACAGUCAUAAUUCAGCCUCUGUUUACUUCUGCUUGUGGUUGAAAAAUAGGGAUGACUACAAAAUGACUAAUGACGAAGACAAGAGUCUUCCUGUUUAUGUCGUAUUUAAGGCGACUGCACUCUACAUGCAUCAGAAGAGCUGCUGAGCUUUAUACAUCAGGCUACUACUUUGCAUUUCUGUUCAGAUCAAGUGUCUUUUUGGGCACAGUAGUUACUGAAUAUAUUGUAUUUGUUAAUGCUUUUCUUAUAACCUGCCAUUUUAUUCCAAUUUUGCUUUUGCUUUUCAACGUCUACUUUAAUAUCCAGGAUGCUUCUCUCAUGGAUUACAGUAAAACAAAGCCUUAAGGAUGUGGGUUUUCAAGCUGUGGAUGUGUUCACCACUGGUAAAAGGGAUGGAUUCAGAAGAACAAUCCUUCUCCUCCUCAUCUGUAGCGUCUCCAGCCUCCUGCUCAGCUCCCUGCUCCUCCUGUACCUCCUCUUCGCUCUGGACUAUGAGCUAGCAGUGGCUGGGGGGAUUGCUGCCUGCUUUGGGACACUGCUGACUGUUGCCCUCUUCCUAUCAAAGAGAGUAAGGUGUUUAGGGACUCUUUUUGUUAUAUCCAUUUUCAUGAAAAAGAGUAGGAACUUGCUGUUAACUGCUGGAACCAGUUUAGUGGUUCUUAAGAACAUCCGUAACACUCUGGAGAACCUCUCGCUGCUGGUCAGGAGUAUGAUUUGCAACCUGAAGGCAAAAAAAGCCUCCAUCAUUGCUCCAUUUACUAACUAUGUUCAGAUGUUGAAGUGGAUAGGAGACAUGCUCAAAGGGGUUACAAACCUGGGAGUAGUGAGAUUUGACUCCGAGCUCAACGUCUCUCCAAGACUGGAAUCAGAAGAAUUCAGGCAGAGACUCGCAGGAGCGGAGCAGAAGCUCAACGAGACUGUGAAAUAUGCACAGGCUCUGAUGAAUACAGUGAGCUCAGUGACCGACAGGAUGUUUCCUGCCGUCAGCUUCCUCUUGCUCAUGAUGUUUAUAGCAUUGCACAUAAAAAAAUACUGCAGAGACAUGAAAUACAAAAACAGGUUCAUCAGCAGCAAGUUUGUUCAUUUUGACGAGAAGCAGAAGGCGGAAGGAAAAACCCACGUCCUUCCCCUCACGGCAGAGGAGGAGCAGCUGUACACCUUCAUUCCCUCCGCCCGUCCCACAACAAGAGAAGGGAAAGCUAUGGUGAAAUUUGGAAUUCCAGUUGUCUCCCACUUCGUAGCUUGGGUCAUAUUCAUAACUGUGGACGCCUUGCUGUACUGUUUUGUUGACAUUGUUACAACAAGGUUAUCAGAGCUGGAGCCAUUCCACGUCCCUUUGUUAAUGAGCAUCAAAGGGAUUGCAACUUUAAUUGGAAUGCCUGUUGGACAAGAAAAUCAUGAAAAAGACUUUUCCUACUCUGUGACUCUGUUUGAGAAGCAGUGCCUCCCCAAACCCAAGUUGUUGCUAUAUAGCUCUGUAAUUCCACUGAGUGCCAUCCUGCUCACCCUGCUUGUUAUGGCUCUGAUGGCAACCAAAGUCUCCCAGCUAAGGUUGAUGGUAUGUGAACAGUUCUUCCCCACUGCUGCAGAGGAGAGAGUGGAGUACCUCCACGGCAAAAUCCUGAGGAAGAGAUUCAAAAUGAGAAAGGAGAAAAACAACUGCAGCCUCAGGUCACUUAUUACCAAGCCAUAUUUCUGGUUCCCGCUACUGUUUCAUCCCAAAGAGGAUCCACAAAGUAUCCUGUGAGGAAAAUCUUCUCCACUGUCCACACAGACACUCUAGUGAUGGUAGUGCUAGUCCUUGGUCGGCUGGUCUCACUAGUCUGGUGCAGACUGACAGAUCAACAUGGAUGGUCCAUGGUUCUCGCGGAGAGAAAU